AUGGAUACAAAGAAGCCAAGAAUGAAGAAAGAACAGCAACAAUAUUUAUUAAACUUCUUGAUGAGGAAUCCGGAAACGGUUAACGGAAAUUGUAAGUUGCCGGCUACCAAAAGAUUGUGGACUGAACUGACAGAAGCCCUCAAUGGAAUGGGAGGUGUUCGUAAGACACAGAAAAAUUGGUUAGAGGGUAUUAUUAUUGUCCCAGGGACUCCACAGCCCAUUGUUGAUGUUCCGGAUCCUUAUGUUAAACAAAACAUAGUCAUGGUUUUGGAUGAUACUCAACUGCCAAAGCCCAAGCAGACGUUGAUUUUAGACGCAGUACCAGUUGAUAUACAUUCAGACACUGAAGAAGAGCCCCCGAAGGAAGCGGCUAUGGUGGACGCGUUGACACCGACGGCGAGUCACGAUGGGGCGACUGUCGUCACUUCAAUGGCGACGGACGCGUCAUCAAUACCGACAGCAUCUCGCGUUGGUCGAAUUGCGGUAGACGCGUUGAUGAUGCCAGCGGCAAAUAGGGAUCUGGCGACGAUCAGUUGCAGUCGUGAACACAUCGUGGCCUCAACCCCUGAACAGAGACUGGGGGACGGCGCGGCGUGGUGCGCAGCACUCCGCGCCUCGAGCGCCGCAACGUGCGUCGAGCAACGCCCCGUACGCUCGUGCCGCCAGCCGAUUCAGCCACCCCGCAAGAAGAUGCCAUGA